AUGGCGCUGGUUUACAACGAGAACUCGAAACUCGUGGACUUCGAGGGCACCGAGGUGUCGCCCAUGCUGCGCAUCAACGCAGAACAAGUGAACAAACUGUCCAAGGCUCUUAUCGCAGAGUCGAACGUCGCCGCCGUGACCCCACAGCCCAAUGACAAGCACACAAAGCUCAUCCGCAACCUGUUCGAGUCCUCAGUCGCGAACACGAAGCAGGGGAAACUACAGGAAUCCCUCAAGAACGUCACGCUCGCCGUGGAGAUGGCUCGCCGCACACGCGCUCCCUACGAGGCCUUCGCCAUCCAGCUCCAGGAACUUCAAAUGAUGCUCAGACAGAAGAUCGAUCUGCAGCUUGUCCUGGGGAAACACCUCGACGCGCUGCAGGACCUGGAGUUCAUGCUCGGCACAGGGGUCGUGUCCCCGGACGUGUUCAUCCGCAAGACGGACUGUCUACUCAAGUUGGGCCAGUGGCUGGAGGCCACCGCCUGCUGCGAGAGGGGGCUCGCCUUGCAGCCUGAGGACACGAAACUGAAACUGCUCAGACGCGAGUGUGCUACGAAACUCGCCGAGUACAACGGCGACAUCUGA